AACACAACGCAGCACUGCCAAGCACACAACGAGGUCAAACCGAAACCAACUGGAAAACAAACCCUAACCCUAAUUUACCCCGACCACUCGUUUAUUAUAUAAAGACCCCCUAGAGCAAAUAAUUUCUCAACAAUUGAAACCCACUUCUCAAUUCUCUCAACAAUCAAAAGCCAUAUUUCAGAUUUUCGAAAGCUUCUCCAAAAGUCGUUCUUUCGAGAAGGGCGAGACGGGGAUUUUUAAUUUUUUUCAGCGUCAAUCUUUGUUUGGUUUAGAAAUUUUUUGUGAAUGGUAGAAACAAUAUUGAAGAGUAGUAAUUUGAUGCUCUCCCUUUGUGAAUCAAGGGCGAGCUCAUCUCUUGCUUUUGCUUUUGGAUCUUGCAAAGAAGGCUGGUACUACCGCUGCCUCGGCGUCGACCCUUAGGUUUUUUGUGUUUUGAUUAAAAAGUGUAGAUUGUUAUCUCGAAAACUAAACCAACAAGAAGAAUAAUUAAAAAAAGACCCAUAAGCUCAAAUUCCAUUAACAUUCUUUCAAGAUUUUGUGUUAGAUUUUGUUUAUUUUGCAACCGACAAUGUUGUUGUACAAGCAGAAGAAGAACCCGGCCCCAAAGGGCAACAGAUUCUUGAUUAGCAUUACGGUGCUGGGCAGCGCCGGCCCGAUCCGGUUUGUGGUGAAUGAAGAAGAGCUUGUUGCUGCUGUUAUUGAUACCGCUUUGAAAUCUUAUGCUCGUGAAGGAAGAUUACCGAUUCUUGGGUCUGAUCUUAAUGGUUUCUUGCUUUAUUGCUCCAAUGCUGGCACUGGUGCUCUGAGUCCGUGGGAUACAAUUGGAUCGCAUGGAGUGCGAAAUUUUAUGUUGUGCAAGAAGCCACAGACUGAGAAGAUUGAAGAUGCUGGAAGAUUGGAUACUGCCAUUACUCGACGGGGAAGCGGCGGGUGGAAGACAUGGCUGAACAAGUCCCUCAAUCUUAAGAUCUCUUCCCAUUAAGUAAUGUUCA